CCAUUUCUCUAUGUAUAUCUGUAUAGUAUAAUCUUCGUGCUUGUAUAUAGUACUUCCUACUAUCCAUUCCUCACCCAGUAAAGAGUUAAUCUAUUCUAUAUUUUUGAAUAUCGCAUCUAUUUAUAUAUAUUUUUCUGUGUUCAUUCUCAGUAUUCUUCGAAUUCAUCAGCAUUUCGAUCAAAAACAAACAAACUAAUUUCUUCCAAAUAUCUUUCCACACUCCUCGCCUAUGAUUGA